AUGAUACAAGCUCAGACAUUAGGGACGGCUGUACAAGCAAAUUACAUGAGUGCAGGCUCACCCUAUUAUUUUUUUUUGUGUGUGUCUGCAGGAAAGAGAGGACCCCCAGGACUCAUGGUAGGAAUCUUGCUCAAAUUUUUGUUUUUUGUAAACCUUGCAUCAACAGCAUUCUGUUCAAAUUAAUUCGAUUCAAAAUAUAUCUCAAAGUGAGACUCUAAAAACGUUUUUGACUUUUCUUUUGAGUUUCUCGCAACUCGUGUUUUUUUUUUUCCUUUUUUUUUUUCCCUUUUCUUCUGUUUUUCUCACAAGUUGAACUGUAACAACACCAUCAUCAACAUGUUUCUCUCUUUUCCAGAUGCGAGAGAGUGCUCACUUGGUUGGCGACGGAAAAAGAGUACAUCAUGCUGGUUAGUUAAGUCUCGUGACCGUGGGUCAAUUUUCUCCUUGAUCUUCGCAAGCGAAAUACAGUUUGAAACUGCUGAACGCGCUCCGCACUCAUGCAGCGAAUAAGUAUUAUUGUUGUAAUAAUCUGCUUCAUAUGGCGCAGUAUGACGUUAGUAAUUUUGCUACACCUGGUGUGCCAUUCACUCGUUCCAGCGCGUGCGCCUCAAGCUUACCCUCCUCAGCCAGCUUCCGCGCUGGCUCAGCUAAUAAAAAAGGCCUAUGGGAGGGUCUCAAUGGGGUGAUGGCUUUUACGGCUAUCGGUUCAAAUUUUGGCCAAUUUCCGGCUAACGGUUAACACCUUUCCAUUGUUUCCACCAGACAUAUUUUUUACGGUUAACUUUUUUUACGACUAACGGUUAAAAUUUGUCAAUUUUUUUACGUCUAACGGCUAAAUAUUUUGGCCGUUUUACGGCUAACGGUUAACCCCAUUGAGACCCUCCUAUGGCCAUCGAUGGUCUGGCUCACAAUAGAGUUCUAUGUAUAGCUCAGUGUUAAGCAUCGGAGGGCGUCAUCUAAAGAUCAGGGGGUCGAUUUCUCGUGGAUGACCCAGAUUUUCCGUUAUCCAACGCUCGUGACAAUACGAAUAAUAUUCGUUUUAUAUCAGGAACAGUUGUUAUGAGAAAUGCCAUUUUGAUAACACGCCACUACCCGGUCAGGGUUCGAAUUCGUACCUCUCGAUUUGAUGCCCUCGACGUAUUAACUCUUAGGCCACCAUGCACGUCUCUACACAAUCAAAAUUUAACUUGUGGAUUGUUUAUAAAUGUGUUGACUUUGUUGGGUAGGCACCGUUCAUCGUUGGAAGGAAGGCCACGUCAAUGGAAGUAUCUUGUACAGACGACAUGUGGGUCACCUGGUGAUCGGUCGUUCUGGAAUGUACUAUGUUUACAGCCAGAUGUAUUACUACGAUUGCACCAGCUACUCAAUGAACCACUACACUGUUCUAAAUGACCACAAAAUCCUCGGGAGCGUCUCAAGCACAGUGAAUUGCUCGAGAAAGUUCAACACAAACUUCCAGGGAGGCGUUUUUCAUCUGAAUCGAGGCGACAUUCUUAAAGUGGAAGUGUACAGGAGCAAGAUUUACUACAUGGCGGCUCCUUAUAGUUACUUUGGAGUGUUCAUGUUGUAUCCUGACUAAGGCAUUGAGCCUUUCAUCCUCAUGCACUGUUUUUUUUGAAAGAAGUGGUCAGUCCUUUUUUUUUCGAUUUUAUACAUUUCAUACUUAGCCUGUUAGCCUCUCGUUAGUGGAAAGUCAAGUUCGUUGCACUCGCUUUAAGUAUAUUUACACCAUGGGUGAAAUUAAAACGAAAAGGAAAUCAGAACCAAAGCCACGCGCAUGACCGGUGCAAGUAAACUUUGGGACUGAUCAUUACUCAUCGCCUAGGGGGGAGGGGUCGAAGUAUUUGGUUGUGUCACAAUAAAAUUUACUUGUUACCCCCAUAAGGCUCUGUAGUAUUCAAAUGAUUCUCCUUAAGUGGCAGUCAAUAUGUUACUGUCCCCCCCAUGUAAAAUCUGUUAGAGACGUCUGAUCCCCUCUCAUCUCCCCCUGAGAACCAUGUGAUCCUCAAAACUCCCCUGACCUCUCCCCCCCCCCCUUUCCCUUGAUAAUGAAUAAUGACUAGUCCCUCAUUAGCAACGACCGCUUCUCUAUCAUAAUGCAGGAACCGCGCCGUGUAAGGACUGGGGGGGGGGGCCUUACUUGUCCUGCCGAGCGUGCCCUAAUCCCCCUGCCUUCUCGGUUGAAGCUUAUGAGUUCGCCUUUGAUCCUCCCACACUUAAAAUUUGCUGCACGGACCUUGUUUUGUAGGUUCUUAGAUAUAUCACAGCUCGCAGAAAAUUUUCCUUUCAUUAUUUUACGAUAAUUUCAGUCAUUUUCACAAUUUUUUGGUAAUGUUUAUCAUGUUAACUAGAUAUAGAAAUCCAAAUUUUGAUCCUGUGAACAGUUACCCUUCCUGUAGACGUUAGCGUACAGACAAAUUGUAAAUCGUUAAAAUGUUAGCCUUCACGGCCAAAGAGACCUUACAAAUUAGGGUGUUCUUCGAAAUUGUAUUAGUCUUAGUCUUAGUCUUAGUCAUCAUUUAUGGAUUUAAUUAUAGUAAAAGAAAGGCGACUUUAUUUUCGGUAUCCGAAUAGUGCUUAAAUGAUUUUUCGGUAAAUCAGGCUCAAAUCAUGUGGAAAGUAGUUUGACGCAUAAUUGUUUCCAUUUUGGCUAGUUUAAAUCAAAUAGUUAGUCAAGUUAACCACAGUAAGUCAUCAAACGCGCUUUACUUUGCUUUUUAUACUGUUUUUGUGUAUGGAGUUGUAAAAAUUCAUAUUUCUAAUAAAAAUAGAUCUGCCUACCAAUGUUUGGCGUUUGACAGAGUCAGCUUGGCAUUUACUCUUUUUGUUUGUUUUGUUUUUCCAAGGUUUUGUUUGUUUGUUCCAAUUCAUCUUGCAACGAAGGUAAUAACGAGGAGUUAAAUCAAGACUUGGAGAACUGUACAGUAGUUUUUCAUGAAAACAGCCUGUUUUGACCAUGUGCCCAUUGUUUACAGGUAGCAGUUACGCCUUGAGAGACAAAGUUUGACUCACAGCAGCGAAGAAAUACUAGAUUUGCAUCCUGAAGUAGUUUAAUUUCUGAGCAUCACCGAUGAAUAUCCACAUAGCUUUAACAAAUUUAGGCAAGACCCCUUUCUACAGCCACUUUCCAAGGCGCCCGUAAAAACACGGCGUUCGAGAUCGCAUUCAUUAUUCCUUAUGCAAACAUUCCAAAUCAGCAAAAAUUAGCUACGAUCAUGAAACCACAGCUUUAUUAACACAGCGUUUAAACGUUCUAAUCCGCGUCGUUGUUUGAGGCAGACGACAAUUUUACGGUUAUAAAGUUGAAAACGGCGGUAGGUGUCGAAGAUACUCGCAUAAUUAUUCUUAGGGUUAGUCGUUCAUUGUUUUUUACACUGUGUAAUGAAUGUUGAAAGCCAUAUUACAUUCGACUAUGAAUAAACAUUGCACACUAAACUGCAUCGGACUCAAAAUGAUUACUUACGCAAAGUAAAACAAAAAGAUUUCUGAGAUGCUUGUCACUGAAAAACGACCAGAAACGAUUUAUGAACAAAAAGGGCAUCAUGUUUUAAGACAAAAUUAACAAACAAAAUUAGAAGAGGAACCGACUGCCAUGAAAUCGAAAAAAAAAAUGUUAAUAAUAAAGCAAAGCUUAUUCACUCCUUUGAGAACAACACUGGGAGGUAAAAGUCUUGAAAAUAUCUUUUGUCAUGUUAAUCAUCGAAUCUGGGCUGAUAUCAAUUCAUUGAACUUUGCCCAGCUUCACUUCCGCAUGUUUUCUUCACUGAUUGGUUUUUCCAUGUAAGUUUUGCAUCAGAUGAUUAUCCUUUUGGCUAUACAAUGACUUCGUCUCAAUUUUUUGCGUUAGUUCUUAAUCGUCCUCAUUCAUUUAUAAUAAAACAAAAUCAGCAAGCCUAAUACUGCGGAGAUGCUUUCAUUCUAAGUUGACUUAUCGGCCAACAGUUGGAAAAGCAAUAUGGGAGACAAAAGGAAGAGAUGUCGAAUCCGAUCAAAGAAAGUCUAAUUGAGCUGAAAAUUUUAGAGGACCAACGCGGCUCAGUAUCAUCGUAGUUAUUUAACCGAUUCAUUUUACUGUUCUGAGUGUGAAAUUUCCGUGCAGUUAAAGUGGACUUGCUCUGAAAAACUUGGGAUACGUGACAUAAACGAAAACACGCCAAACGAAAUUUGGCGAUCAUUUACAAACAAAAAUGAAUAUAAGUCCUUUUAUCAUGUUUAAAUUUUCAAAACUUUAAGGUAAACUCAAUCGCAGAGGUUGAUUUCACUUGAUGAGCCUAAAUCUGUCGCUUGGUUUUUUUUCCUCAGGUAUUAAAUGUAAAAAAGGUAAGUGUGCAACGUUAUUGAUCUAUCGAUGUUUAUUUGUCUUACGACACACGAAAUCAUACCCUACUCAAAACUAUGAUUGAAAAAUUAUUUUUUCUUCUUCAUAGGCUGCAAAGGCAAGAAAGGUAAGCUGCCACUAUGUCAUUUUACCUUUAUUUAAAAUACUCAACUAGUCUUGUGCAAAAAACGUUUGGUUUGGUGUGUCGUACUUUGUUUAGAGAUGUUUUUUAGUCCACAUUCAUCAAGUAGUCGGUGAACAUCGUCAAAAGUAACUUUUCCCGUAACGAUCUAAAUCACUUACCCUCCAUGGGUUAUUUAUCCGACACCAAAUGGAGGUAAGACCUGAAUACAAUUAGGAACAUUUACAUCCAAAUACCACGAUUAGGCAAAAACCUGAUUUACGUAUUAUCCUUUUAGGAGAAAAGGGCGACCCGGGCCCUCCCGGACCGACUGGGACGAAUGGAACCAAUGGCGGAACAGGUUAUUUUAUCUCUUGUUCUACCGUUAAAACCUCAAAUUCGUUUCAUCAACUUUUUUCUUGUGCCUCUGACAUUAUCCUAAUUAUUCACAAAUUUUUAUUUCUUUUAAAAUGGUUCUUCGUAAUUAACAUAGUAGGUUUCUAAAAUUGGUGUUGUUCCACUCACCUAAUGAAACAAAAAUCCGGAGUCAUCUUUAAAAGCCUUGACACUAUGCACGUGCUACAAACAAAAACAAAAUUGAAUCAGUUACCUUUUUCUUUUUUUUCGGGCAGGUCCCCAGGGCCCACGCGGAGCGAACGGUCUUAAGGGUGACAUGGGACCUAAAGGAGAGCAAGGUCCGCCAGGUAUGUUUGGAUUCAGCUGCGUAUCCAGUGUUUAGAACUGUUUUUCGCCCAUUCUGAAAGUUACCUCGAGUACUACCUUGAUGAAAUUGAUAUUUUGUCAGUUUAUUCCAUCUCUUGUCUCAUUAUCCGUGCGAAAUCUGGGAUGAAGUUUCGGGAAAUAGACGAGUCACAUCUCACAUCAUUGGAUUCAAUUCAUUAAUAAGUGAUUAUAGCAAUGGUGAGAAAAUGAUGAAUUUUUACGCAGCAAAGAAUACAAACAGAUAGGAAAAAAUGCCUUUGGAGACACGAUAUUUAGCACCAUAAAAUAAACUAGACUGAAAUGAAUCUGUAUUAUCUUUCCUUAGGACCUCCCGGCCCACCCGGAGUAAUGGUAAGUGUGCAAACUAGUUACCAGGUUCCGUCUUCUUCCCGCUUCCUGGAGGAAGAGAGGGGGAAGGAAAAGAGAGACGCUGGGAGCUAGGUUGACAAGCGAGACGGUUUUUUUGCUUUGUAGCCUCGCUUCCAGGGAUUGUAAAUACUGGAAGAUGAUACUCUACAAAUGCUCUGGGUAAUCUGGUUUUCCCUCGUCCUACAAUUUCGACAAGCAUAACAGAAGCAUAAACUGUAGCUUCCUUUCUACCUAUGAAGUUAAUAAGGAGAGAAUAGGCUCAUGUCCUUACAGAUACUUGCAUUCGUGAUAAAAAACCAACGAUGAUCAAUAAAUGAUAAACAUGUAUAUCUUGACAGUGACAGUGGAUCAAUACUAGAAUCAUUUACUUUCUUAAUUUAAGGCAGGAGAAAGCAUCCACCUGGUUGGAAGUGGCGGUAGGAUAAAAGCUAGUAAGUCUUAAUCAAUUGAAAAUACAACUCGAAUUUUUUUAUAGAAUUUAAAAAUAAAUUCUUGUGCAGUAAUACAAGAAAAUGCAUUUCCAGCCGGAACUGCUGCAAUGUUCCUACCCUUUAUUUCAAUUAUCGGCAUGUUUCAGCGACCACAAAAUACAUAUGUAUACAUAUUACUUGGUCGCACCAUGGUCGUUUACCCCGAGACUUAGAAAACCACGAACACUUUGAUUUUAGGCUGAAAGAUCAGUCUUAAACUGACCAAGAACAAUAAAAUUUGGAGAGACGCAAGCAAACUUUAAAAUAGCACGUUAAUUUACCGUUGCUGUUUGCCUGUUAGGGUUUCUCCUCGGAAAACAGUAGCAUUCCAUGUGUAUUUGUGGUGUUCAGAGUUUUACGAGUUUCAUAGUAACAUUCAGUCCUCUUCUUCCUUUUUAAGAAAAUCACAUCAUUACCAAGUGGAAAUUGAGCCACACGUUUGGCAGUAUCGUGUACCAUGAGUCAACGGGAACCGUGGAAAUUAAGAGAGAAGGUUACUACUUCAUAUACAGUCAAAUGUUUUAUUAUGAUGGCUCUACAAUCCAGAUGGCCCACUCAACUUUCAUCAACGACCGAAAAGUCUUGAGCAGCAUGGUGAGUGUCAUUAACGAAACGAAAAAAUACAACACGAAGUUUCACGGCGGAGUGUUCCUGCUUCGACUCAACGAUACUAUCUCCGUUCGUGUGCCGUACACUAGCCACUAUUACAUGAGAGAGAGAGAAAGUUUCUUUGGGGCAUUUAUGCUCCACCACGGUUAAAACUAAGGGGGUGGGGAAGGGAAGGGUGUUUGUCCCUCAAUCUACUCUAACUACGCUUUUACAUCGUGAGUUCGUAUUGCGCGUAAUUUUACAUUGGUGAUCAGCACUCAUAUGCAAAUGAAAACAAGGUGCCUUAAACUUCAUAGCCGAAGUUCACUGAAGAGGUGGAUCACAAUUGUCUAGUACAAAGGACAAUACUUAUUACACAAAUGUGCUUAACUUUCGUCGAGCGUCGGCGAACGAGUGUCAAAACAAUUGGGCACUCCUUUUACCAGUCGAGUUUUUGAGUUGUUUUGUAUCAUUGUUGAAUAUUUAGUAGAAAACAUACACCACCAUUUUCUUACAAUUUUAUCCAAGUCGCUGGUAAUAAAUUUCACUACCACGAAGUAUAUUCUGAGUAGAAUUUGAGGCUAUCAGAAUAUCCCACUUACAUAGUGAAAGUCGCUUUACACAUUGUAAAUACAACCUUAUUUGCAAUCUUGAAUUCCUUACAAGAUUUGAGUGCUCAUGUUUGAAGUCCUGCCCACCGAUAUACACUGUAAAUACAUUACGGUAAAUAGUGAAUAAAGUCUCUCUCUACUUUUUCUCUUUAUUGACUAUCAAAUGUGAUUUUUAAAUUUUUUUUCUCGGGGAUGGGGGUGGGGGAUUCACGAAGAGGAGAAUUUACCUGCGCAAGAGCUAUACUACGACGCGACAUGAUUGAUUGGAGUCAGUUGAAAUUUGUUUUUAUUGUAAUUGAUUGCUUUCGGAUCAAGUACCUUAGAUAAAUGUGAGCUAUUUUAGAGGCCUUUUUUGGGUUUCUAAUUUGUUUUGUCGCGUCGCACAUCAACAAUAAUUGUUUCGGAAGUGGCUGAAACGCACUUUAGACACUGAAGCUGUAUGUUUCCAAUAAUAAACAUAUCAGUUGCGUUAUUAGCCGAUUGUUGCCGUUUCGUUCACAAGUUGAUAGGAAUGUUCAAUUGGAAACCUAGCGAGAACUAAGAUAUUUGGCUUUGGUUCACAAUUGUUAUGUCUCUUGACCGUUAGUACCACAUGAGCGUGAAUAACAGAGGUUUCUGCAGUCCUAAGUCGGGUGGUGAAAGCUUUUGUAGACUUUGGCCACAGUCCUGUCCUAAUCCUAUUGCAAAGAUAAUACUGGCAUUUUGUCAAAUGCAAUAAGAAUAAAAUUGAUGAAUCAACUGGCAAUCAAGCUUGAAAUUCAACGCCAUAUCAACAGGCAAACAAAGGCUUUGUACUUGCAUUUGAACCUGACAGAAGCAUUUUCAGCGGGAAGUUGUAGCUGCGUUGAUUAUUUUACUAGUUUACAUAAUCUCAUAAUUCCUAGAAUUGGACUCGAAUACAGAGGAUCUAGGUUCAAAUAGACACGUUUUUUGCUACUCUCUCCUAAAGCAAGGAUUAAGUUUCAGUAUUAUUAGGCUAUUGUAAUAGUUUUGCGAAGUUGGUUGACAGAGCAACGUGCGAACUUUGAAAGUUACCCCAAAAGUUUCAGUAUUUUUAGUGCUGUCAAUCACUUUCAACACAUGCGCAAUAUUGCUUUGAUUUUCCCAGAAAUUUAGAUUAAGCUCAACCAAGCGUGGAAAGACAGAGUUCAGCUCUUCACGGAUUGUGCAUCGCUGAAACAAAAUCCCGAGCCGAGCACUUGAAUUUGCUUGGCAAAUGCACGUUCCACCAUGGACCAACAGAAAAAAUCAAAUGCGCGUCGCGUUUUCCUCAACAUUGUGAUUGUUUUAGCAGUGUUAUACAUCAUAAUUGUGACUUUUUUUGUGGUUCAUCAACACCAGUUGGCAGUCCUGCAAUCCGACAUCGUGCGGCGACUUGAAGCUCGUGUUGAAAAGUUGGAAAACAGCGGCUUCACAGCUCAGAAAACGGACAGAAAUUCUGUGGGUGAGGCCGAUCGUGUUAUGGAGGGGAAAUCUGCGCGUUUAAAAACGAAGGUUAGAGAGCCGGCUUGACGGUGCGCAAUUAGUAAAGUCUAAAGCGUAUUGUUUACUUAAAUUUUGGCGUGAAUUGUGAUGUUGCUCAUCGCUGUUCUGAGAAUUGAUACAUUCGUGAAGCCAAAUGAAACAGAAUGACUUUUCGUUGUUACAGCUUGCCGUUCCUGAUCUUCCUCGUGGUAGAGACAAAAGGCAGUUUGAGGGCUACUGCCCGUGUUUGCAAGGUAAUCUUUGAGUGCUAGAAAUACAUAUUUUACAUAUUUAGCUAUGAUUACACAAAGAGGUGCAUUUAGAACAACGAUUGGUCUGAAAAAUACAAGGAGAUUCACGUAAAGAACAGUUUCGUCGUGCCUGUUUAUGAAAGAAUUCCAAAAUUUUCGCAGAACAAUGAAGGAUAAACAAAUCGACCACUGUUUGAUCUCUAGACUUUGUUUACUUCCGCGUUCAGUGCCUGAAAGUCGCUUGGUCAUGAACUAAUUAGCUUUUACGAGCCCCCACAAAAAAAAUACACUUUCUUAGUAUUUAAGCAUGUUGAAAUUGGACUCUUGGUGACGAGAAAAACAACUGUUUAUAAGCAUUCUAUAUCGGUAACCUACUUGUGGUAAACUUCAAUUUUGUGACCUUUUGAUCCUAAAUCAGGCGUGAAACUAUGUCGUUGAUAGAUUUCAGCAUCAAAGUUUUCCCUGGGAAAUUUUGUUUGGUGGAAAUGUUUUGUUGCUGAAGCAAUUUAAAUGAUUGGCUCAAAUUUAAGAACCUCACAGCCGGCAGGGCUUCAUCUCAAUCAAGACGUUGGCGUGACAAUUGCCUCUUGAAGUUUUGGCAAACUUCCACCAAAAUAACAUGUCUCGUCAAGUAUGUCUGAGAAGGUGAUAACGCGAGCGAAUGAAUUACAAACGAGUUCUUAAAAAUGUCAUCAAUGACAGCUCAACAAACUGGGAAACAUUAUGUUCAAUUGACCUUUAAAGCAUCAUUUUACAUUUGUCGGUGUAAAACCCGGAGAAAAUAUUGACUCACCGGCGAUAAUAGUGCGUCAAAGAUAACAAAAGACCUUACAAUUUAAUUUACAUUUUAUACAAUUUGCAUACAUUGAUAAUUUGACCUUGAGAAUUGUUCAGGUUCGGCUCAACAGGAAACAUCACAUUGUUUUCAAUUCAUCACCUCUUCCAAUUCAAUGGAUUUUCCUAAAAGGUCAGAAAUAAGCUUUCAACCCCUAUUCAAUAGUGAUAGACAUGUGCCAGACAAAUGGCAAUUGUUUUCGUGACUGAUGGAUGACCCUGCCGAUUCCUAAUGAAAUAUUGUAUGAGACAAGGGACUCUGGCAAAAUGGGAGCGUCGGAAGAUGAGAAUAUCAUUCCACAGUGACUUCAAUAUUUUUUCCCUAUAAGUUUGAAGCAGUUUUUGAAAACAAUCGAUAAUUAUCGAGCAGAGUUAGUUUUUCUGAAUAAAGAUUAGGAAUAAACGACAUAUUGCCGGGACAAAUUACAUGUAAAGAAAAUAGCUCAUGGUUUUAAAUGAAGUGGAGUUUCGACCAAAUUCAGAGUGUACCAUUUUCUAUAUUGUGAUUUUAUAAUGCACACAAAAAGAUAAACUUAGAAAAAGUAGGAGCACCUAAACAUUCUACAAUUGGCACAUGCUUGUCCUGUAGUUUUUUGCAAUAUUAUUUUUCCUUUUUCAGGCCCUAAAGGAGAUGCUGGACCUCCAGGUAAGAGUUGCAUCACAUCCCUUUUUCUCUCCCGUCAUUAAAAAAAAAACGCUUGAAACGUAGCGGCUUAAUUUGUUACACCGUAUUUGUUUCUAGCUCUUCCCGUUAAUGUGUAGGUAAUAACAUGAACCCGCAGGGCAAGGGUAAUGUGUAGUCUUUGAAAAAUUCAUCAGUGCUUAGUACACCAAAUUGCAAGCGAAAUAAUGUUAUUACUUUUUAAUAAUGUAAAUGAAAAAAAAAAACAACACACACAUUGAUCAUACAGUUCAUGAUCAUGUUUUAACUGUUCCAUGAUAGAAAUAGAUUUUUGCCCUUGUCUGUAUUUUGUCCUCAUUAUCUGAGGAAACUGAUCCGUUUGGUCUCGUUAUUGAAUACCCAAACAAAGAACAUUUCCGUACAGUGUUUUAAAUGUACGCUAUUAAUUUUAUCAUUUUUCCGACAGUGAUUGUUUUCAACAUAGUCUGAGAAACGUGUUGAGAAUUUCCCUUCUCAAGAUCAUGGUUAAACGAUAGUACAAUAACGCAAUUAUUUUUGUCAAGUAUGAUAGUUUCUUCAACUGAAUAAAUCGACAGCUAACUUUUUUUCUCGUUUAUCAUAGGUCGGCGAGGAAAGAAAGGUAAAAAAGGUUAGUUUAGUGAAAAGUGAUGACGAUCAAGUAAAAGUUGCCUCAGUUGUCAUCCCAGCAACCUCCCCUCUUCCCCCAUGAAAUGAUUCACGUGCAAUGCAUUACCGAGUAACAGAAGUGCGGUGCGGUUAACCGAUUGGGUAAUCACCAAACGGCACCUUUUUCGUAGGGCACAAGGGAGACCAAGGACCAGCUGGUCCCGUGGGUCCUAAGGGAGAACCAGGAACAAAUGGGGAGCCUACUAAGGGGCAGCAAGGUGAGUCUGUCGUAAAAGUUCAAGAAAAUAAUGAUAACGAUACAGUUUGAUGGAAAUAAACAGAAUGGCUGAUGCAAGGCUAACUUCAUACACUUAGUGCAUCACAGGAGUCAGGAGAUGGUCAGAGGGUAAAGAGAAAAACACAUCACCGAUGGAAUACGUCAAAACUUUGCUAUAUGUUUAGGUAACAGUAUGCAAAAUGCAAUUGACAAAAUGGCAUUUCCCUUAACGAAGUUUCUAAACAUAUUUUGGGACAUACCGUUGUACGUAUUUGAGUGAUUGAGCCAAAAGUACCAAAUCAAUUAUCUGAAUAAGUUAAUCAAAUAUGUAUUUUGUUUUUACUAAAUUUACUCAAUGCGACCUAGUCUAAAUGGUUGCUUUUUAGGAACAAUCAGAGGUUUACUUACUGCGAUUGCACUUCUUUCAUUUAUUUAUGCUUUUCCACUUUAAUUCACAUUCCAUCCACUGGUGAUGCAGUUAGGACACCAUCUAACUAUCACCAUCCGUCCCUCUUGAGCCUGAAACAGAAGUUUGAAACAUUACAUCGUCAAGAACAUGCUUCAUAUAUAUUAUUUCAUACCACAGGUGACCCAGGGCCCAGAGGUCCCAAAGGAUUGAAUGGAAUGAAUGGUACCCAAGGUCCAGCGGGUCUUCCUGGUACCCCUGGAGUUAAAGGAGACAGGGGAGAAGUAGGCAUUCGAGGGCCUAAAGGAGACCCAGGUUGGUACUGUAGUGAACUGUUUCUUCAAUUGUAAGUUACAGGAUUUGUGCCGUUUUGUGGAUUGCCUCUUUGAAACUAACACACUGGCUCAAUGGGGCUACGUAAUGACGAGGUAGGACAUUAGAAGACCUUGUUCCAGCCCUGCAAGGCGUCCCUGAUUGUGUUCACGGUUGUGACAUUUUACAUUCAAAGUUUUCUUUUUCAACCCAAAAGUGUAAAUAAACACUAGCAAACUGCUAGGGAAACGUAACGAAAUAUUUAGGAGUGACCUGUGGUGGAUUUGCAUUUAUUCAGGAAGAGAAGCAAUAUUUCACGUUGCUUCAUGCUAUCAAAAUCAGAAUGCACCUCAGCUACGUGGGCCUUCUGGUGCUGUUGUGAAUAGUCUCCGUGAAUGUAGUGCAUUAGUUUUCUCCCUUUAUCCGGGGUCUAAUCGGUGGUGGGUGGAGAGGAAACAUGUAUUUCUUUAUCUAAGGCAUUCAGAGUUUUUUCUUUUUUCUGUUUCUAACAGGACCACCAGGAGCUUCGGUGAGUGUGCUAAGGAUUUCAAGGAGCUACGUCAUUGUAUUUUGAGUAAUUUUAGACAUAGUGAAUUUUCUCAAAGUACAGUUCAAUUUUAAAUAAAUAGUUUGCCAAGGAGGAAGAACACUAAAGUGAGGUAAAAAAUCAGCCAAAAACAGCUAUUUGUAUUUUGAUUUGAACAUUCUCUAUUUGACUUUUAUUAAUAACCUCGCAACAAUACAUAAAUACUUCGUUAUGUUGGAUACUUGAAAAUUGAACACUCUUCGGAUUGGAGAGGACAAGUGGAGAACCCAACCAACCACGUCGUCAAAGAACGGUGAAAUAUACUGGUAGAUCCCCAGACUUAAGAAGAAACGUCUGACUUGUACCUUAUCUUGUUUCCAAUACCUUAUCUUAAAUUUAGUGUAAAGGAUUCUCUCUUUAUUGCUAUUUAGAUGAGUGAAAGCAUCCAUCUUGUUGGUGACGGACAGAAAAUUCAAAAUCCAAGUAAUGUGCUUAUCUUUACAUAAUGUUUCAACCUUAAUCAAUUAGUAAGUUGCAUUCAAUUUUUUUAGCUAACAAGGUACGAUUUCUUCAGCAGGCUUCCACCGCAUUUCGAACUGGAACGAGAGGCACAGAGAAGGCAGCAUCGAAUAUCAUUCGACCACCGGAUUCAUAGAAGUGAAGAAAAAAGGUUACUACUACAUCUACAGUCAGAUGUACUAUUAUGAUGGUUCCACAGUGCUGAUGGGUCAUCAUACGUACAUCAAUCACGAAAAGGUCAUGGAAAGUGCCGGGAGCGUUAUAGGUCCCAAACGGAAGUAUAACACCAAGUAUCAUGGUGGAGUUUUCUUACUGCAGGAAAACGACACCAUCUCAGUCCACAUACCUUACACUACGCACUACUUCAUGGAUAGUGAGGGCAGUUUCUUUGGGGCAUUUCUGCUCCAUUAUAUCGACUAAAUAGAGGGAAUGGCAAAACAACAAUACCUCCUUUAAACUUGAAGGGAGAAUUUUGUGCCCCUCCAAUGUCUAUAAUCUACCAUUCCGUAGCACUUGAGUCUGUUUGUGACUUGGUAGGCGACUUAGGCCCUUCGUUCUUUCAGACUGAGAUUUCCCUUUUGAGUAAAAAAAGUCUGAAGAAGGGACCGUACUCAUUUAUGGUAGAAUUUUAUCAUUUACCAGAUAGCAAAAGGGUUUACAUGUACUUUACGUAGGUCGCUUCAAGUCACGCUAGUUUUUAAGAUUUGUUUGAAGUUUAGGCCGAUACACACGAGGAAAUUACCCUGUAUUUGAUAUCUUUCCACGGAAUGCAAAUUUAGUUUUUUGUAGCUGUCUGAUAGGCCUCAAUGCAGAGAUACUUUUCCGUGUUCCAGGCUUAAAGUUGAACAUGUUUUGUCCACUUGUCACGUGGUCUUGAUGCCGCCGGAUCUGUGCCUCUUGCUGGUUCCUCAGACACGCCUUUUUCAACUUUGCAAGAUUUGUAUUGAACUUGUUCCCAAAGGCAAAAGGACAUUGUAUUUAUCCAGGUUGCUGUUAGAACAAUACCACGUGAUCAAAUGUUACAUAGUAGUAUGGGACAGAGAGAAUACAUAACCAUUGACAGAUACGUUCAUUGAUCAAAUAUAUGACUAACUGAUACAAGUUUCGUAGUACGCGAUUCGUUUAAAAAUCGUGAUACCGAUUCAGCUAUUACAAUGGUAUUUAGGAGGCCUUUCAAAGCAUGCAAGAGGGAGUAAAUUACACAUCAAUCGAUAAUGAGUGAAAUUUUCUACUCAAGUAACAUAGUAGUGAAAAUCAUCAUCCCAAUUGGUUUACUGGUUUCUCGAACAUUCAUGAUCUCAAUUUCUGAUCACAAAAUUUAGCAGUAAUUUUUCCAUCAAGACUGCGUUUAUUUCAUUUCAGUAACAAGACGCACGGUGAGGAACUGGCAAUUGAAAUACAGAUCAGGCAGACUUCAGUUCAAUCAAGGAUUCAUUCGAAUACAAAUUGCUGGAUUUUAUUUCGUGUACUCGCAGAUGUUUUACCACGACGGUUUACCAUAUCAAGUUAGCCAUCAAUUGUUCGUCAACUCGGAAAAAUUCAUGGAAAGCACAUCUGCCGUUAUUAGCGAGGACCGAAAAUAUAACACAAACUAUAACGGUGGUGUGGUGUUUCUAAACAGCACUGACACCGUUUCAAUCAAAACUCCCUUUUCAAAUCACUAUUUCAUGAAUCCCAGUUCGAGUUAUUUCGGCGCAUUUUUACUCCAUGCUACUGUUCCUUGACCCACAGAUAAUGUUUUCGCGUUACAGACAGCUACAAUUCCAUCAUGUUUGGGCAGCUUCAAUACCUUUAUAGGCAACAUUUAUAUCUUUCUGAAAUUUUCUGUGACAAGAAACGUAGAAAGUUUGAAGAAACUGUCUUCAUUCAGCUGAUCACGACUCAGUGUGGUUUUCGCUAAUUUUGAUUGAUCUUUUUGUAACCUAUCUGCGAGAUAUCGUACUUACACCUAAAGGAGAAACUUCACGUGUAUAAUACUAAAGAUUCAAGAUCAAAGACCACUCGUCUAUGACUGUAACACUGUUCCUUGUCAUAUCAAAUCCAUAGAAUUUUUAGGAAAUUUGUUGGUGUGUAGCUGUUUUUCAACCAGUGCAAACGUUAUUCCUUUUAAGGCUUGAUUGCUGCGUUCUCUAACGCAGAAAUUGUCUUAGUUAAUAGUUCAUUCCUGAAUUUUUCGUGAACACAACACUUAACGGCCUAUUACGAAUGUUUUGUGGACUCGCCUUGUCUCAAAAGAUGGUGUAAGUUAGGUUCUUGUCAGUAUAGCUUACAUAAAGUCCUUUGAUAUUCAAAGGUAUUUGUAUUAUAUUGCUUGCAUUUUAGUAUCAUUGAUUUUUUUACAAGAAAGGAAAUUGACUGCUAUGCAAGUUCACUUUUGAUAUUGUUGAUUGGACGACUAUACCCAGUAUUGUUUCAGUACCUUUGAUUUGGCUCGUUGGAUUUUUAGAACUUAUGGAGGUGUGCCAAUCUCUCAAUAGUGCUAGGUGCGAUACUAUGUUUUACAUCAUUUUGCUUAAUACGUUUCUUAAACGGAAGAAAGCCCAGCCUAUAGUUUUAAACUGAUGAGCGAAAGUAAGAGAAGGAUGAACAUCACCAAAAGGAAUGCAAAUGGUAAAGUUUCAAGAACAUGAACCCAGUUUAUAACUAACAAAAAUGAAACUUAGGCAAAUUCAGUCAAGAUGCGCAAGUAUCUUACAUGAAUUUCACCUUACCAUUGUGUUAAAAUACUGAGUCAAAUAUUUUUUAAGUUUUUCGGUAAUCAUUGUUUUGGUUGUAUUUUUUUAUUAAAUAUUUGCUGGAAUCGAAAUAAAGUAAGCUUUUACUUAUGUUCUGCCUACAUGAAUUUCUAACACAUACCCCUUCCACCUUCCUGCAUACAAUAAACUAAGCCCAUGCGCUUCAAAUUCAAGUUAUGUAAAUCCUAGGAGAGAUGCAAAAUAGUGCGAUGUAUAUCUCUGUGGUACUGCCGUGUGUAUACAUUUUUUUUAAUUUUGUAGUUUCAGUUGAUGAAACAAUUAUCACGUGCCUUUUCAAAGUUCAUUAUAUUCAUUUCAAGAGAGGGAUUUUCCCCGAGAAGUAGUGCUUAAGGCUGGUGUCUGAUUGGCACUUGAGGCCAUAACAGUUGACUCCCAAAAUCUAAGCAUGAAUUCUCCAAACUGUUUGCCAUACAUUUCCCACAAUCUUAGAUCUGAGAGUUUGGAGCUAAAUCAGGCAAUAUCCCCUUGUUGACAUCUUUCUUUUCCUCUCAAAACCUUUCUGUACGAAAGUAUCGAUAUCGUAAGGAGAGAUCAAUUUUCGAUCAUUCUAGGAACACAAAAUAAGACUAGCGUCUCCUGUCUUCACUUUCUAAUUUGGAGUUAAGGAGAAAACCAGCAGCACUUUGCACUUUUCUCCGUAAUCUUUCGAGUUUAACCAUCAUCGAUAACAGAAUGUGUCACAUAAUCAUUUAUUUUCCUUUUGCUUAUGUAUAUGUGCGUUUUCUGUUUUAUUUAUCAGAAGUUUCCCAUGAGUGACCUGUGUUUAACGCGAUAUUCUUGCCAAGAUAAACUUUGCAUAUUCCAAUUAUGUUUUGAUCAGCCUGAAGCAAAGUAACAUUUCAUUGAGAGAAAAUUUAACAAUCAAUCAUAUGCGCACCUUUAGCUUAGAUGAAUAAAGGGGGUAAUUUUCUAAAGAAACUGUGAUGCUGCGUCGGUGGAAGGGUAUAGCAGGUAACUUAGUGUUGACAACUGAAUUGAAAACGUAAAUUGGCCGCCGUAAAGGGUAAAAAAAGCUGACGUUUCAAGCGUUAGCCCUUCGUCUAGCUUAAAUGCCCUGCUUCCCAUAAGCACCCCGUUCUUGAUUAAGGCCUGUUUACAUGGAGGUGGGGACCCCAGGUAGGUGAGGUAACCCGCCUGUCCAGAUAAUCCAUUAUUUUAUCUUGAUCACGUUUACAUGAUAGGUGGGGUGACCUGCCUUAGCGGGGUGGCGUUCAUGUUACAAAAAGGCAAAAGCGAAAUACGAGUACUUUUCCUAGCCGUCCCAUGCAGAGCUUAAACGUUAAAACACCAAUUUUUAUGUCCUCUUAGCAAUAAAACGUCAAAAGCGAUCGAGUCACGUUUUUACUUUGAACUCACACCAUAUUCACAUGUUAUGCCGAAGUGAAGAAGUCUUACUGUCAGAAAUGGUUAACGCAUCGAGAUAUUGGCGAAAAUCUUAGAAGACAAGACGAUCUAAGAUCGUAAGUCGGGCUACAGGUAGACGCGCUGUUACAAGUGUUGACCAUUCAUGGUGCCCAGCGGUUGUAAAAGAAAUACAGAGGUACCAUGGUCCUGGUUUGUGGGCGUGGCUUUAAAAUUUUUUCACCCCUGAGAGGCACCAAUUCUACAACAACACACUGUCACAUAUUUUUGGUGCAAUACCCUGACAUGACAGGUAUCACAGAGGCUGCUGCUGUGGACCUUUUGAGGCUGAACAGAAAUCCGUACUGUCAAGCACCGACUUUAAUUUGAACGCGUGAGAAGACUAUACAAACGACAUCAAACAGGAUUUGGCGGAAAAUAAAUCUUGAUUAAAAGAAGUAUGUACGUGCAGAAACAUAAACACGGUAAAUUGACGGUAUGGAGACAAACUUGCAUGUUUCACGCUUGAACAAAUACGUAAAAGCUAAAUACUGUAAACAAAAAUACUCCCUGUAGCACGUUUCAAAUUUCGAAACUUUUUACUUGUUUACGUUUCCUGAAAGCUUUUAAAACGGCAGCCGGCUGUUAUUUUGAACCCUGAAGAUCACCGGAAAACGAUGUAGAUCAGAGUAUUCAAUCAUGAUUGCUUAGAAGGCUGAUAACUGACUUAUCUCUCAGGCUGAUAAAAGAAAUGAUAAUCGAGUGAUACUGCCAUCUGGCAAAAAAAAUUGUUACUUUUUUAAAGAUUCCCUAUUUUGAAGAUUCCGCUUUUAGAGAUUCCUCGUUUUAAAGAUUCCCGCUUUUAAAGAUUUUUCGUUUUAAAGAUUCCCGGUUUUAAAGAUUCCCGCUUUUAAAGAAUCCCGCUUUUAAAGAUUCCCGCUUUUAAAGAUUACCACUUUUAAAGUUUCCCGCUUUUAAAGAUUUCCCGUUUUAAAGAUUCCCGCUUUUAUAGAUUCUAGUGAGACCUUUGCUAAAUCAUUUGAUUCUUUUGCUAUUUUGAGUUCGCGGAACGACCUGUUUCGAAAUAUACGCUUAUUACACAAGCCAUCUUUUAGAGUAGGUCUACCGCGAACGGUGUGUGAGUCUGAAUGCUUAAGCGUACAAAAGAUGACACCAUUUGCUAGGAUAUUCGACAAAUCCGCCAUGUUCGACAUGGUGGAAAGAAGGUUGCGCCUCUAUUACGUGUCUGCGGUAUUCCCCAUUGCACGUGACUCUUUGUGGAGAAACCCGAGGGUAAACCUAUAGUCGGUCGCCCGACUAAAAAUCUUUGGCCGGAAAUCCGUGCACGCACAAAGCGACGGUGUAUGACCUCUUUCACGUGCAUUUUGGCAAUUGGCUCAUGGCCAAUGCGUCGAUCUGGUGGUUUCGGAUUUCAAAGUGAAGAAGUCGGACCGUCAGAAAAGGUCAACGCAUCGAGAUAUUAGCGAAAAUCUUAGAAGAAAAUCUUUGGCCGGAGAUCCGUGCACGCAUAAAGCGACGGUGUGUGCCCUCUGUCACGUGGAUUUUGGCAAUUGUCUCAUGGCCAAUACGUCGAUCUAGUGAUUUCGGAUUUCAAAGUGAAGAAGUCGUACCGUCAGAAAUGGUCAACGCAUCGAGAUAUUGGCGGAAAAUCUUAGAAGAAAAUCUUUGGCCGGAGAUCCGUGCACGCAUAAAGCGACGGUGUGUGACCUCUGUCACGUGGAUUUUUGCAAUGGGCUCAUGGCCAAUGCGUCGAUCUGUUGAUUUCGGAUUUCAAAGAGGAAAUUCCCUCCACAGCAAGGCCUUUUUGCUUCCAUUGUUGUUGUCGCGCUCUAAGGAUCAUGGAAAAGAAAAGACCCGGCCAGGAAGGAUAUCUCCUCCCUGUUGUAAUUUGCUGUUUGUUGUUGGCUUUUGCAGGGAUUUUUUUCGCUGUUUACACGCACAGAGAACUUUCCUUGCUCAAAAUGCAAAUCCGUGAACAUCAGAAGAUUAUCCAGAACUUACAACUCCAUAACAGCGCUUACGACAUUCAGGUUAGUACCUCAUUUUACGCUUGCACUCCUUUGUAAUUCCUACAUAAAUCAACGUUUGAUUUUCACCAUGUUACCUCCUAAGUAAUCGCGCUGUCUACUUAGGGAUCAAAAGCAGUUCGGAUUCGGAAGGAUGCUCCAGACCUUUGUACUUGUGUUGGUAAGUGAGGCACUGUUCUGUUGUGUGACCCAACUAAAAGUGCAUCUUCGUCAAAAUUUGCAGCAUAAAAUUCCUCAGUUAUGUCUGCUAAAGUUGAGAUUUGUACAUCCUAGGUUCUCUAAUUCAUCAGUAGACGAUAAAAUACGAGAACGAGUCAGAAGCGUUCAUGCACAUUAACUUGAGUCUAGUCGCAAACAGAAGGGAGCCCUUCAAACAGGCUUCUACUCUCGCUUUAGGUGACACGUUGAAGGAUUACCAUCAAAUUUUUGUAUUAAACUUGUAGAGCGUAAAACAUAUUUAACCUUUCAGAGUUUCCUUCCUUAAUUUCCAGGAGCUCCUGGUAGACGCGGGAAGAAGGGGAAACCCGGGCCUUCCGGUCCACCUGGGCCAUCCGGAGCCCCCGGCCCUAUAGGCCCCCAAGGUAUGCCUUUUGAAAAUGGCUUUUUAUUGCAGGUGUGUAAGGCAAGACUUGAAGCGUUUAUUAUCUAAAUAAAUCAAAUGUUUCCAUUACGAUUCAUUUGUUUUUCUUCUAUGUUUUCAUUAGUCGUUAUGUGUUUUCUGUGACCAUCUGUGUCAGAAUGGUCCUUUCCACAUUGGUGGAAAUCAUCCUCAGGUGAAGAGUUCACUUCAGUCCACAAUUACUUGAUCUAGAGAAUUUUCCUUUCCUCUUUCUCUUAGCUUAGCUGAGCUUCAUAGACAUCAAUGGAUAUCGAAUGAGGUCACUUAAGGCCAUGUGUAUAAGAAAAAAAAAAACACUCGAGUUCCUUCGUAUAAACCUUUGGGGAUAGGAAUUAAUGUUUCCGCUUGGAUCACACUACAAUUCGAUGUUCGAUAUUAAUGUUUAGAUACUUGACAGCGUUUGUGAGCUUCUCUCGUGUCAGGUAAACUUCCGAAAAAAAAACCGCAGAAGCACAAAGCAUCGAGUUUAAAGCACUUUGAUGUGAACCCGAGUCUGAAACUUCUCGGCAGGUGACUUAAAUUCUAAGAAUUAUACGAGAUUUGAGACGAUAUUUAAAUACGUGAACCGUAAACAGCGUGAGUAAUCACCUUGUUUCAUGUACGAACUGACGAUUCCGUCGAAGUGAGCAUCCCUCCCUGAGACAUCAUGCUUUCAUAUGUUAGGGUAGAACUGAUGUUCUAUCGAGAUGUUUCACACGAGUACAUAGGAACUUUGUGACCCUUUUACGAAAUCAUCGGUUGACUUCGUUAUGACUCUGUCAAGGAAAGAAAUAUAAGCAGCACAGCUGUUUGCAACUUGAUUCAUUAUUUCUAUGUUGUAAUCAGUCGUUUUCCAUUUCGUAGGACCACGUGGACCCGUAGGAUAUCAGGUGAGUGGUAUAAAUAAACAACAGCCUCCAUUUGGCGCGAAAAUAUGCACGGAUGUUUGAUCGCGGACAUAAAUUGUUGCGAGAUGCGAAUAGUUUUCCAGUGGUAGUGACAUUAAACAGUUAAUCUCAAGUGUUGCUCCGGAAAGAACAAAAAUGUCAACAAAAUUUGCUGUCAACACACUACGCGAAAUUUAUUGGGAGGGUUAAAAAGUGAAUAGGCCCCCUUCUGGCUCGCUGGUAUUUCGGCUGAUAAUGUCCGCGGCUGAGAGAUUGUCCUCAAAAUCUCACAUUUGCACUCGAAGCUUGGCUCUUCGGCCAGAUAUUAACUUUUUGACAAUAUCUCAGCAGCGGGCAUUAUCGGCCGACAUACCAGCGAGCCAGAAGGGGGCCUAUUCACUUUUUAACCCUCCCAAUAAAGGGGUUUAUUUAUUUUUAUCACUCUUCAAGCACCAGCACGUUGGGGCAAUAUGAGUGGUAAGUGGGGUUACUUUCUUAUCAAAACAGUCUUUUUCAUCUUUUAGAGCCAUGAAAGUAUUCAUCUGGUUGGUGAUGGACAAAAAGUGCGGACGACGAGUAAUAAAAAAUUUGGUUCAUUUUUCUAUUUACUAUUAAAAGCUAGUUUCAUAGUUAGAACUGAUUGCCCGCUUAUUUGCCUAUGAGAACCUUCGCUGGACGUCGAAGGUUCUCAUAGGCUGAUCUUCUUUACUAUAGGAAAUUAACGGUCGUGAAAGCCGGCCAAUUCAAGGUAAAUAAGGUUGCUCCGAGUGGCAUAUAAUAAACUACUAGCUUCACUUGCUCAUACCGUACUGGGAAAUAGUGGCACUCAGUUGUUUUGUACCUAUCUUGCUGCGCUCGGUCCAUUUUACCUCGACCUCGAGCCAAAUUUUUCGUAAUACGGCCCUCACGCUCGGUUGGUAAGAAGUCAGUAGCAAGGUGCACAAGACUGUCCCACUUAAAAGGAACGCCUUUCUCCUACUAGAGGUAUAUAAAAUAGAGAAGAUUUCAUGAGUUGAGGUGGAGAAAAGCAUAAGAAUAUUAACCAAUGGAACAAACGGAUCUACCGCCGGGGACACAUGUGGCGAUAAGUCGAUUGAAAAACCGCUUCGUGUGUACCGCUUCCAAAAGUAAAAGCUGCGACUCAUUUUUUUUCGGCUGUCACCUCACAAAAAACGAAACCAUUUUGAAUUUAAGAGAUUCUGAAAUCUUUGUCAUAAACUUCUAAACUUGUAUUGAUUUGUCAAUUGAUUCGUUUAAUUAAUUCGUCCUGCUAUAACAAAAUUGAUCUCGUAUCGUAAAACCUACUAACACAACCUAGUCUUCGCUUCGAAAGAAGGACUGAUCAAAGUCUAAUGUGCAUGCGAUUAUUGUAGUUCAAUUUUACGUGUCCAUCAAUCAACAAAUUACUGUACAAACAAAACAAGUAUCUGGUUUCAAAAGGUAACGAAAUUGUUCUCGCGUGGGGGCGUCUCCAUGUUUCCGACAAUCUUUAAAGCAUCCAAUCAUAAAAAUUAGGUCAUUGAGAAAUUUUAAGUGGCAGUUCCACGGAUUACAAGCUCGAAUGAAACGCAAAAGGGAGGAGUUAACGUUUGCUGACAGUGAAGGAGUCAUUUACAUCAAACGAUCCGGUUAAUAUUUCAUCUAUAGCCGACAGUUCAAAUUUAUAAUGAAAGUAUUUUCCUUGUCUUUUACGUAAUAUGUAAACCAUAAUGAGUACAGUGUACCGAAUGCAUGCCAAUAAUUACUAAUGCGAUGGUUUAGCCAACUAGGUACGAUUUUAUCUCUAGAAUCUAAAGCCAUAACCCAGUGGAACGAGAGGCAUAGAGAUGGCAGCAUCAAAUAUCACCCGACCACUGGAUUCAUAGAAGUGAAGAGAAAAGGCUACUACUACAUCUACAGUCAGAUGUUCUAUUUUGAUGGUUCCAAAAUGCUAGUGGGUCAUAAUACGUACAUCAAUGACAGAAAGGUCAUGGGAAGUGCCGGGAGCGUUAUAAGUCCCAUACGGAAGUAUAACACCAAGUAUCAUGGUGGAGUUUUCUUACUGCUGGAAAACGACACCAUCUCGGUCCACAUACUUUACACUACGCACUACUUCAUGGACAGAGAGGGCAGUUUCUUUGGAGCGUUUUUGCUUGGAGAUCUUCUAUCCUCAGGUUUGCCUACCCUUAAAAUAAAGGCAACUUUGAUCAUACUUUCCAACAUCUGUACAGGCAUUAAAGUGUACUUAGAAGAGCUCAGUAUCGAAAAAUUUCGCUAAAUUUUGUAUCAAGUUGCGCAAAAAAUAAACUCUUUGUAAAGUUUACUGAUUAGCCUAAUCGUUGGGGGUGCUUAAAAUUACUAUUAACCCAUAUUCUAUCUUGACAAUGGCCCGCGGAUGUGUUCUUGUUUUCAAGAAUCUAGCUGAAAACCUGCUAUCUUUUCACUGUCUGUCUGUCUUUCCAUUUGCAUGUCUGUGUGUCUGUUUAUCUGUCUCUGUGUUUCACUCAGUCUAUUUGUUAACUCCCUCCCCCCGACCGGGGAAGUUAAGGUCGAAUAUACUUCUUUAAGGUUCAUCUACGUCUCCCAAUUAAUCAUUACUCUGCACUAGGCUCUUUGUAAGCUUCUUCUUUCGCCUACUGAGGGGGUAUCAUCGUAUGUUUUCAUUUAUGCACUUUACCUCAAAGUUUGGAAUAUUUUUACUUGAUCAUGAUUUACCUCAAGGUAGAUUUUAUUCCUUUUUCUUUCAUUUUCAGAAGAACCGAGUAGACGGGUCGAGCAGGCGAUACCCGGCCCCCCUGGUCCUUCCGGUCCUUCUGGCCCCCCCGGCCCCCCUGGGGUCUCUGGUCCUAUUGGCCUCCAAGGUACUGUUUUCCUAGAAUUUUAUUUUUUGGAUGUAUAUCCUUCACAUCCUCUUGAAAAUGGGUUCUAUUGGUUUCAAAGCCAAUGCUAAUAAGCCUCCUGGUAGAUAGAGCUUUUUCAGAUAAAUUUAAGGACCAUCCGGUUUUUUCUUGGUUACGUUUAUAGCUUCAUUUAAUCAGGUAGUGUAAUCUUUCGAACAAAGUGGUUCUGAUAACUGUUUUCGGUGAAAAUUACUGUUUAUUAUCAGAGUCAAGUGACGAAUUGGGUAAAGUCAUUCCGGUCGAAUGUUAUAAAUCAAGAGUUUAUAAUCUCUUGCAUAAAUCUAUUACUUAGAAAACAAUUCUGGGUUCAUGUUAUCAGUUGGUUUUAAGACUCUAAUGGUGUUUGUUAUAUGUUAGCAACAGCUAACUAAAUUAGUGUCUGUACUUUAUGGUUUUCACUUUCUUUUGUAGGGCCCCGGGGAAACUCGGCUCGCCAGGUGUACCAGGCCCUUCCGGUCCUAUUGGUCCCCCAGGUAUUCUUGAUAUUUCACCUUUUGAUUGUAAUGUAUCUUUCAAAAAGUAGUUCUGUAUAGGAUUGUUAACCUGUUCUGUACGAUUCCUUUUCGGCUUUUGCACCGUUUUCUUUUGCGGCUUCAAUACUGGCCAAGUGGAUUUUCUUUUCCUUGUUCUUCUCCCUAGACCCAGCGUCGUAAAUUUAGAGAAAUCUGAAUAAGGUAACUUCUGUUAGAAGUUUGUAUCUAAAGAGAGUAAGUUUCUGAAGAAACUGUGUUGCUGCGUCAGUUGGAGUUGUUACAAUAUAAUUUGGUUUUAUCAACUAAGUUGAUAACGUGGAUUUGCCACAGCAAAGAGAAUUUAUAGUCUCGAUCGUUUGUCCUUGGUCAGAGCGAGUCCAGCAAAGAACAUCCUUUCGUGUACAUCGAAUUUCUUUCUACGAGUCUAUGAAGACGCAAAAUCUCAGUAUCUUUGCCCUACAUGAUUACACGACCAAUCGAUCAUUAGCCACAGGUGUGCACCUCUCAAGUUGUAAAAUUUCUUAUAGCGCUAUUUCAAUUUAUGCCCCGUGUAGAUAGACCAAGUUUGGAAUAUUUCAAAGCGCAAGAGCCAAAACUUUGAAAAAAAAGGGAGAGAAGAAAGCAACAAUAAAAACGAGAUGACCAUCUUGAGACUGAUGCUCGUCGUUUGUCGUUUAUCAACUUGGGCCCGCACCACCCAAACAGCCCUCUUACCAAAAUCAGCCCGUUUAAGUACAACUUCCAAAGUGCUUUCCCUCGGCAUUCUUUGUAUAUACAUGCUGUAUAGUCAUUAAUGGUUCGGAAGUUUUGAAAGGAGGUGCAUUUAUUUUUUAAAAGCGAUAUCAGUUGUUUCUUAAAGUCGAAAUAAACUAUUUUUCUUGAAUUUCUUAGGUCACAGAGCGACAAUACAACCACAAGAGCCUGUAAGGCAUUUUUGAUUUUACUAAAUAUCGUCUAAUAUCGUUGGAUUUAGUUUCUAUUGUGAAUAGAUUACACCCAUUUUGAGAACAUAUAGCAUGCCUGGCCGGGGAAACUUUCGCAACAUAAUUUUUCCUCAAGGGUAAGAGAUCGAGAUAUUGCACCCGACAUACUCUUGGCCUUUCACCAGGCAACUAUGUUCUGUUACCAAAUAAGGCUACCUACUUUGCAACUUUAGCAGACCUACAUUUUUUGGACAGGUUAGAGAAAGCAUCUACCUGGUCGGAGACAACACAAUCCUAAGAAAUCCUUGUGAGUAGCAGUUUAUCAUUAAAAUAUCAUUAUAUCUCAAAGCCAAGAGAAGAUAGCUCAAGCUCUCUUGUAUAAGCUUAACUAGUCCAGCAGAACUGGAGACAUAUUCGUUGUUACCUGAUAAUUAUUUCAAGUUUUGCUACCGCAAGGAAUAAGAUUUAUUCUUUUUGCAUAAAAAUUUUAACCAUCUGUUGACGUUCUACAAACUAACGGAGUAAGGGGAACAACGAGAAGAGCGGGAAGAGGGAGGGGAGACACAGUAGACUUGUGACGUCAUUGUGCCAAAAUUUACUGUGAUUGUUUUUACACAGCAAGUAUUCUUAUAACCAACUGGGUUGUACGUAAUAAGUUGGGCUAUAUUCACUACGACAGAGGCUUCAUUACAGUCGUCAAAGCCGGACAUUACUUCAUAUACAGCCAAAUGUAUUAUCACGAUGCUCGGACUAACGUGAUGGCUCACCACACAUACAUCAACGAUGAAAGGGUUUUGGAAAGUGUGGGGAGCGCUCUUACCGACAAAACGAAGUUUAGUACCAAAUACCACGGUGGAAUGUUUCUGCUCAAAGCCAACGACACCAUCUCUGUUCGUAUACCGUACGUUCGACAUUACAGCAUGAAAUCUGGUGCCAGUUUCUUUGGAGCGUUCUUGUUGUAUUCUGGUGAAUCGAACUGAUU